AUGACCCAAGAGGUGUCUGUAGUUCACUGUAACGUUAGUCCGUCUGCCAUGGUUCAAGGUCCUGCUAUGAACUUUUCUGUGGAGUUGGUAGCGUUGGCAUGGUAUGCCACUUUCUUUCUGCUUAGUGCUGUGUUCUUGUGGGCUCGCUGGAAGAGUUGCAAAGGUCUGAAUGGAGGAGUUUACCAUGUACCUGCAUGUCAUGAGGAAUUGGAAGACAUCAGAGAGAAUAUCCUCAACUACAAUGAGGAAGGCGGUGGGGAACAAGACCAAGAUGCGUACAACAUGGCAGAGCUCCAGGUGUCUAUCCAAACAAGUCCAGACUACUGCUUUUAUAAGAAAGGGAAAACAGCAAAACUGAACAGCAUCUUCAGUGAUGUGGCCUGGGGUGUGGGUGUGCAGGAGCAGACCCAAACAUCAGCAACUGCACGAGCUGCCCCUUUCAUGAGUGGGGACUUGGGCUGGUUCCUGUUUGAUGCUGUGAGAGGUGCAGACUGUGAGCCCCAGGCCUUACCCCAGGACUCUCUGCAGGUGUUUUGCACAGAAGGAGAGGGCUCGGGUGCCGGCAGUCUCAGCACUCUGAGUUCCUCUGGGCUGGACGAGGAGACCGUCUAUGAUGAGAUCAAGCAGUGGGGACCAAAGUUUGAGAAGCUAAGGGAACUGUACUCACACACACAUGCAGAAGAUGUGUAG